UUCCGUGUACCUGCGCGCGGUGCCGAGGGACUGAUCCGGACCGGAGCAGCUUAAAGCCGGGCGUUUCUGUGUGUGUGUGUGUGUGUGUGUGUGUGUGUGUGAGAGAGAGAGAGAGAGAGAGGGGCUGAGCAGGAUGGAGGGAGAUUUGCUGCUGCUGCAUGUCGCUAAUUUUAGCACGUUGUUCGUGUGCAUGGUGCUGAAACUGCCGCAGAUUGUGGUGCUGAUGCGCGCGAAGACAACAGCUGGAGUGAGUCUGAACAGCUUGCUGCUGGAGCUCAUGGGGUUCAUAGUGUUCGUCUCCUAUCAGAUGUACUAUAAUUAUCCUCCUCCCACCUACCUGGAGUAUCCCAUCCUCAUCGCACAAGAUGUGAUCCUGCUGAUUCUCAUUCUGCACUAUAACAGAAACAUGAAGCACAGUCUCAUCUAUGCAGUUGUGUUUGUUGGUGGCUGGAAGCUUCUCACCGUGGAGAAGUGGAUCAUCGACACGGCCAUGAGUGUGUGUACGCUCAUCAGCGCGGGCAGUAAACUCCUGCAGCUCCAGUGUCUGUGGAGAUCCAAAGACUCGGCUCAGGUCAGCACUUUAACCUGGGCGUUGGCGUCGUACACGUGUCUCGCGAGGAUCUUCACUACUACGGUGACUACCGGAGACACUCAGGUUCUGAUCCGCUUCGUGGCCAUGGCCGUCCUGAAUCUGUGGGUGACGGCUACCGUGAUCUACUACAAACCCAGCGCCAAGAAACGCGACUGAGCCCGAGUGAUCUCUGACAUCACUUCCUGACGCGCGGAAACAUCGAUCGCGCGACUGUGUUCAACAUGAAAUAUGCAACGCAUCACAGACCAACACACUCCGCUGAACCAGGCACGGGAUGAAGCUGAUUGGUCAGCGCCGCUCCGGUUAUCUCUUGAUAUUAUUAACAAGUUCUACAGUUAUUGAUCACUUUUAACAUUCUUGACUCAGGGUUCUGGUUUAUUCUCUUUUUAUACUUUAAUAUUAGUUUACAGAUGUAUUCGGGUGAAUGUUAUUCAAUAACACCUGCUUAUUAACGGUUCUCCAGGAAUAGUAUUGAUACCUUUCUAUAUUUUCUGAGUAUUAAUGUUGUUUGAUGUACCAACACACGCGUCUGAAACAUUUCCAUUAAGGUUUUGGGACCUUUAGUUUAAACUAAUUUUGAAUACUUCUGUUUAAUAUUUAGGAUUUAUACUGCAUACAAAUGGACCAAAUUUGUAAAGAUUUUUAGUGUUUACAUUUCCAGUGGAAGGAUAUGCACAGUAAUAGUUUUUAAAAAUCUUUGAUAUGUAAACUACUAUAUUAAUGGUGUAAUAGUGGCAUUUCAUAGGAGGUUGCUGUCAUGCAGAAACCUUAUAUUUUCUAAACCAUUACAUUUUAGGAAAUUAAAAAAGGGGAAAAAAACAUGAUGAUGGUUUGAGGAUCCAGUGGAGGUUUUCAUUAAUAUUGAUUUUUUUUUUUACUCACAAGCUUUUAAAACAUUUCAAUGGUUAAAUGUUUGUAAAAACCUUUAAACAAAGACUGAAAAUUUAUGAAAAAUAAAAUAAUAAAAAUUAGCAUACCAAUGACCAAA